AUUAACAAUUUUUAUUUUCGAGACAGCUAAAGUAAUGUGUGUUCGGCUUAAGGUAGAACUCAAUGUUGACACGUAUGUCUACUUCCGUUAAUCUUUUAUUCUUAGAAAGUAAUUAUUAACUUUGGAGUGGUGACUGUCUUAUAUAAAUUUUCUAAAAAAAAGAAUCUAAAAUGGAUUUGUCAAGUGUACCAAUUACAGCAUUGUCUCUAAGAACUAAAAAUGCUAUUUCUAAUCUGUUAAAUCCAACAAAAUAUAUUUUAAGUGAUAAUGGUUUACCAAGAGAUUGGAGAGGCCUCGCUCACUUAGCAAAUAUAAAAGGCGAACUCCUUCCUUUUGUGUCAUCGCAUUCUGAUCCAACUGAAUAUAUUCUAAAUACUAUAGCGAAAAAGACAAAUGACAACAACAUAGCAAAUUUUCAAUGUAUGUUAUCUACUCUUGAAAGGUGGGAUAUUAUUGAUGAUAUUCAAGAAUUCAUUGAAGAGGAUACUGAAAAAUAUUUAAAGAGUAUAAAAAAUGCUCAGACAACGGCUGAAGCGAUAGAAGAAACCGUUGAUUCUAAAAUAAUUACAGUAGAUGAUCUAUAUAGAAUUAGACGAGGUUUGAAAAAUCAGAUAUACGAUGCACUUGUUUUAUACGCAGAUGAAGAUAUCGCCUUUGCUUAUGAAAUGAUUAAAAAGCUUGAAAAUUUCGAUAUAAAACUUUGUAUAAAGGAUCGAGAUCUAAUCGGAGGAAUUAGUUUUGAGCACGAGGCUGUGAUGACUCUCAUAUCGGAGCGUUGCAAUAGAAUGAUCAUAAUAAUCUCUCCUAACUUUUUAAAGAGCUCUGCGAAUCAAUUUUUUAUGAACUAUGCUCAAGCCGUAAGCAUUGAUAAGCGUCAGAGAAAAAUUAUACCCUGCAUAUACAAAAAGUGUGUAUUACCGCCUCAGUUAAGCUACAUGUUUGUUCUUGAUUAUACCAAAGUCGGCUUAUAUGAUUUUUGGGGAAGAUUAAGAGAUUCUAUUCAAGUUUCAAAUAAAUUACAAAAUGAAAAUAUGACGAAAGAAAUUAAAAUUGAUAAUCAUUUAACUACGUGUUUGUCAUCUUCUGAUAAUUUAAAUGAUUCCGUCAAGGUUCCAAAUAAAUUAAACGACGGAGAUAUGAAGGAAAUUAAAAGCGAAAAUAAGGAAACUACAUCUUAUAUUCCAGUUCUGAAUAAAUUAAAUAAUGAUUAUAUAAAGGAAAAUAUGGAAGAAAAUCAGGAAACUAUUCCAUAUUUGCCCUCUCUCAAUAAUUUAAGUACAUUAAGUCUUACGAUAGAUUCGACAGAAAUAAGCAAAGAGAAAUCUAAAGAAAAAAAGUCCAGUAGAAAGAAAUCGAAGCAUAUGAACAUAUUGAAAAAAAUUCUAUUAAAAUCAUGAGAGAAUAAAUAUUUCUCGAUAAUAGUGCAAAACUUCGUUUACAGUGUACAUAUGUAAAUACGUGAAUUUGUGACUAUGUAUAUAACAUAUACAAAAUGAUUUACUUAACUUGGAUACUUUAAGUAUCUAAUGCUCCUUUCGACGAUAGGUUACGGUGUAAAUAACAAAUAUUUUUUUAGAUUUUUAUAUUUCAAUUUAAGAUGACUUAUAUUCCUAUAUAAA